GGAGAGAAUGUAUGAUCAACUUUAUUCAAAUUAUUCAAGCAACAAAUAUAUUUACAACAAAUGCCCAGACGAAUUUAUUCAAUCUUUUUGUUCAGUUCCCCAUGCAAACGACUUUGAAUGGGUAUCAGCAAGAUUUUCACCACAUUCUCAACAGGAACACAUUUUUGUUUUGGGAAAUGAAAUGGGAUCUAUUGCUUUAUUCGACGCAAAAGAAGAUUUAGAUAAAUAUAAAUUUAUUAGAAGAGGUAGUCGUAUUCAUAGCGUCAUUUUGGAUUUUUGCUUUUUACCUGAAAUUCCAGAAUGGUUAAUUGCUUUAUCAGGCAAAUCACACAUUCAUUUAAUUGAUAUUACAAAUGGAAAGCCAAUUUCUUGUCUUGUUGGGCAUUCAUGUUCUGUUAGAUGUGCCAGUGUUUGUCCUGGAAAUCCAAUUUCUGGCUCUCGUGAUGGUUCAAUCCUUGGAUGGGAUUUGCGCUCCCCUCCUUAUGAGCAAAUAACAAUUGAUGGCUCCGAAUGGGGAGCUUUAGCUCCAUCAAGAACUUUUGCAUUUGCGCAUGAAUCUCCUGGAGGUUUUUUUUCUAGCUUUUUUAGAAGGGCUGGUGGUAAUACUUUGAAGAGCUAUCCUUUUUUCUUUCCUAUUUCUCCGUUUUUUGGUAAUAAAAAGGUAAUACUUGGUUACGUCUUUAUAAAACUUUUUGUACAAACUUUUGACAGUCAUCUGAUAAUUGCCUUAUGCUUAUUGCAUUUUGGAGAGAAUUAUGUCAUUUCUUCAUCCUCCUCCGCUUCAAGCGGGAUUCGAAUUUGGGAUUUGCGUUAUAUUACUGGUGCUGCUUUAAGAACACUCAAAGUUCCACAAGAAGAAGGAGGAAAAGAGCCGGGAAUAGCGUCAAUGUGUUGGGAUCGCUUUAAUUCUUCAUUCUUUGCUUCCUGUACAGAUGAUAAAAUACAUGAAUUUUUGCCGGUAUCUAGCUGUGAUUUACCAGUACGCUCCUUAAAUGGACAUGGUAUUGAUUCAUUCUACGUCCAAUGUGCCACAUCUUCCAUUUCCGAUCAUUUAAUUUGUGGCUCAUCUCGAAAUAGAGCGUACGUUUGGGAUUUACAGGAAAGUCGUAACUACCGGCAAAACCUUUUUAAAAGUUCAAAUAAAAGUUUUCUUCCAAAUCCAAAAUUUGCAUUGGAAGGAAAUGAAUUCGAGUUUGAAUGUGUUCAAUGGAGUCAAAGCGGAAAAUACUUUCUUACUCUUGGUCGCGAUUAUAUUCGGAUUUGGUCCAAUAAUGAAAGAACGGACAAUGAAUAUUCAAAGGAGACUUCUAGUAAAACUGGAAUUCCAAUCAAAUUUGAUUACCCAACUUUGUUACCGCCAAUACAAAAUGAGAAUAUGUUGGACAAUCAAACAAUAAAUGAAAUAAAGUGUUCUUUGAAGCUAACAAAUUUUGAUGGAAGAAGGUUUUUAUUUUAA